AUGAUGUCUGGAGGAGAGGUGGUCUACACAGUGCUGGAGGUGCUGAUCGCCAUUGCCUGCUGCCUGGGGAAUGUGCUGGUUAUCUGGGCAGUGUGGUCAAGCAGUGCUCUGCGGCAGCCCACCUUCUGCUUUAUCGUUUCUCUGGCUGUGGCUGACUUCCUCGUGGGUUCUGUGGCCAUGCCGCUGGCUGUGCUGGUGGAUGGACGGGUGCACUCCUCGUUCAAUGUCUGUCUCUUCAUUAGCUGUGUGGUCAUCAUGUUGACAGUGGCCUCCGUCUUGUCUCUGCUAGCCAUUGCUGUGGACCGAUACCUACGCGUCUUCAUCCCUCUCAGGUGAGCUGUUAUGAUGACAUUUCAGGAUGUUUACAGUUGGAAAUAUUAUUCUCCUAGCUGUGUCCCAUGUGAACCACAUUUUAAGACAGAAAGUCAUGCAUGGAUGGAAUCAGAUUCCUUGUUUUCUUUUGCAAAGCAAUUCAUUAAAACAUCAUAACUUUUCUGCUUCAACAGAUACAAAAAGACGGUAACAGAGAGAAGAUCUUGGGUGGUGGUAACAACAUGUUGGUUUGUGGCUUUUAUAUUGAGCUUCCCUCCCAUGUUUGGAUGGAACAACCGUGAAACGUUGUCUCACUCAGAGAACUCAACCACCAUCCUCUGCCAUUUCCUGGCUGUGAUCCCCAUGUCAUACAUUGUUUACUUCAAUUUCUUCCUCUGCACCCUCACCCCGUUAAUUGUCAUGGCUGUCCUGUACAUCUGCAUCUUCUGUACCAUCUGGAGGAACUUGAGGGAGAAAGUGGGGCACGGGGCCCAGUCCCACACCUACUUCAGGAAGGAGAGGAGCCUGGCCCGAUCCCUGGCUCUGGUCCUGGUGCUGUUCGCCUUCUGCUGGCUCCCCCUGCACAUUAUGAACUGUACUGCCUACUUUGGCAGCCCGUCAGACAUACCCCACACAGCCUUCUAUGUGGGCAUCCUCCUUUCCCAUGCAAAUUCAGCUGUCAACCCAGUCGUCUAUGCCUUCAAGAUCCACAAGAUCCAGGGAGCGUACCUGAGGAUCUGGAGGAGGUUCUUUGUGUGUCGCGAUGACAACCAGGGCUCUCAGAGCAAUCAUACCACUGAGAACAAUAUCAGCAGCAACCCUAACGUUGUGAGCAAGGGAUAG